UUUCCAAGUCCGAUUGAACAUCGUUUUCGUCUCCACUCUGGUUGAAAUUGCAGUUCAUUUCUGUUUUCUGUCUCACAUUACAAGUCGCGUAAAGUAAUUUUCGUAAGUAAGUUAUUGCAAUACUUUUUUGUAUUAGUUUGGUAACACUGUUUACAGUUUUUAGCUGUUUUUUAAAUUUAUUAUGUGAUAAUCAUACCCUUAAAUUGAUUUUUAAUUAUUGUUGGAAAAAAGUGAUAAUAUUGGUUUUGUAUUAUGGAUCGCAGAAAUUCAUCUCAAGAUAAAUUUGCGGAUAUGCGAGAUCCCAACAUUUCGAAGAAUGGUUUUGCGGACAUGCGCAAUCCGAAUAUUUCAAGAAAUGGUUUUGCGGACAUGCGCAAUCCUAAUAUAUGGAAGAAUGGUUUUGCAGACAUGCGCAAUCCGCAGGUUUCGAGGAAUGGUUUUGCGGACAUGCGCAAUCCCAAUAUAUGGAAGAAUGGCCCCGAUAGUCCACCCACUUACCAGGAGGUAAAGAAAAAGCAAGAUUUAGAUAAUCAGUCUGAUCAGAAAAACAAAAAAUAAUCAGACAUUUUUACAAAAACCAACAAUUUUUUUUUACAACUUAUUAUCCCUUUUGUACUUACUUAUGUAUUUUUCGAUCAACAAUAAAUUAAAACUGUAAUCAUUAUUUUAUCAAUAUUUAUUUUACACAAAUGUCACAAGAAAUAUUUUAAUGAUUAAUAUUUUCAAACAAUUAUCCAAGAUUUAUGUGUCUUAAAAUUAGUUUUACAUACGUCUACAUCAUUUUAAGCGCUAUAAUUCUAAACUGUCGUUGUUUAGUUCUUUGAAAUUGUGGUAAGUUAGACAAUCAACUCGGAAUCUACGAAAGUAUGUAUUUAUCGUACAACAGUUAAAUUACAAAAACCAUCACGGCUAGUAGUCGAUUUUCAUUUGCACAGUAGAACUAUUUGAAAGACUAUACUAAGGAAAGCUAAAAUGUAAUUUAUUUAAAUGUGUAUUUAAAUUUUAUUUAAAAGUAUGGUGGAUUAACCUGGGCAACACUAACGUGUUCAAAACAUUUUUUACAUUUAACCUUGACUACGGUAUUUUUAAAUACAUUAAACGUAAAAAUAAAUAUUAAAUAAAUAAACCAA